UAUUUUUCUGUCUGAAUUUUCGACUCAAAAUGCCCAACUUAAAACUAUAUUUUUCUCAAAAAUACAAAAUUUUGGUUGGCUCACCACUUCGUGGAGACAUCAUUGGUUGGCCUCUCUUCCACUUUGCGGUUACUACUUUCUGCUUCCGGUUACUAACAAUGCAAUGAGCAACGCUAAAAGUUUCGUAUUUCUACUGUAUCUCAUCGGUGUAUGGAGUCUGUCACAUGGAAAUAACGAUACUACACUUAUAAGAAGAAAUGGCAUAACAGUUUGCCAAUACAUUGAUAAUAAAGUCCUAUUUGAAACCUUUGAGCGUGGCAAAGAAAAUGAUACCAAAAUUAGAACGAAUGUCUACUUUGGACCCCUUGAAACCCCACAUUCAAGUGGUAAUAUUCACUGCAUUAUCCACUCGGCUCUCUUACUAUCUGUCAUUGUGCAGAAACUAGAUUUAUGGUAUCGAAAGCUACGUUAGGUAAUCAUUAAAUAUUUCAUUUAAGUUGUACCAGUGUCAGAAAC